AUGAGCCACAAUCCGUACGGCCCGAACACUUCACAAUCGUCUUGGCGACAUUCGUUUCUGUCUCUUUUCCGCUCAGGUUCCCGCAGUCCGGAACGAGGUUCCCGUACUUCUAUUCACGGAUCACGAACUUCCAUUCAUGUGGCUACUGUUGCACGUGUGGCUUCAGUAAUUGGGCCCGAUAGCAACUCUUCCCGGGAAUCGGUGCCUGAAAGAUCCACGCGGGCCGCCCGACUUGUGCAAGUAAGCGACUUUGCCGACUCUGACAUUUCCGGUGACUCUGACCGGCUGCGUGAUUCAGAAACAAUUUUUCUGGUGAUCGAGUCGUAUAUAAGUGAACCACGGUACCAUUUUGCCGAGGACAUCCCUGCUGCACCUGAGCCUCGAGGAAGAAGAAACUAUACUUUGUUUGAAAGCGCCGAAGCUGGCCCCGAGGAUACAGAGUCCGACCCAAGCACAGAAAAGGGCGAAGAAAUACGGCGCCCCUUCGAAACAGGACCAGAAGCUAAAAUAGGCGCAUCUGGCGCCUCGAGUCAUGUGAGAGACCCUACAAAGGAGUCAUGGGCACAGGAAACAUCUGCGCCCAUUCUUGCGCCCGAUUCCGUGCCAGAGAUGCUUCCCAAUUCGAGCGGCUCUCGCCCAACCUCUGAUUCCAGUGGUUCUCUUUCGAGCGGUGUGCUUCUUAGCCGUCUCCAUUCGGAAUCGCCCGAGUGGCACGAUGCGCCGCCUUCAUCACACCCUUCAAACCCACACAGCGAAGACGAAAACCAAAAAGCUCGAGUCUUGUCUUCGGCGCCACGAGUUCCCGCACCAAAAUCGCCGCAGCGCACCAGCUCCAGCCAAAAACGCGCCGCACUUUCGGGCGAAAAAGGCUCUGACGCCGCGCCGUCCGCGCCUGUAAUUCUGGCCGCGCCUGUCAUCCCGCCCGCGCCCGCACUCACUCACGUCGAACACCCUCCACUUGACUGGGCGCCCAUGCCCCAACCGAAUUUGACCCUCGAAAGAGCACACACUCACGAUUCUCGCCACAGCGACUCCAGCGACAUGUUUUCCGUGAAGAAAAACGAAAAGCGCUGGGUCGACCUAGAAAAAAACGCCGAGCCACUUCCCGUUCCUUGGGCGAAAUGGGCCGCCGUAAUGGUGUGCGGACUCGUAGCUCUCCCCAUCUAUUUCAUGAUGGCGUUUGGCUUGUUCGACCAUGGAGGCUAUUGGGAACGGCCGCGUGGCGCCGGUUUGGGCCGUGCUAAGUACAGUAAACUUCAGCGGGUGCUCAGUCUCUGCAUUGGAUUGGUUUGGCUGGCUAUAGUAUUUGCCAUGGUUGGCGUCGGCCUCGGCUUGGCCUUCCGACGGCACACAUAA